GUUUGGACCUUUCCAAGAUGGUGGCGCUGAUGGGGGGCGGGGCCAGCGCCGCGGGGGGCGUGGCCUCGCCCUCCUUAGCCCCGCCCCCGCGCUUCCGGCCAGAGGCAGAAGAGGAAGCGGAAGCAGGAAACGUGGCUGUUCGGACGUGGCUGUUCGGGUACGAGCUCACGGACACGGUGAUGCUGUUCUGCGAGGAGCGCGCGCUCUUCCUGGCCAGCCGCAAGAAGGUCGAGUUCCUCAAGCAGGUGGCCCAGGGCAAGGCAGGAGAGGGGGCCAACAACGGCCUGCCAAAAGUGCGUCACAGCAAGCUGGCCGAGGCAGUGGAGAAGGCCAUCGAGGAGAAGAAGUUCCUGGCCGGGGCCGACCCCUCGGCCGUGGAGAUGUGCUACCCCCCCAUCAUCCAGAGCGGGGGCAACUACAACCUCAAAUUCAGCGUGGUCAGAGUGACCCCCCCAGGUGCCAAGCUCUGCGACGUCUACGCCGCCGUCAUGGACGUGGUCAAGAAGCAGCGGCCGGAGCUGCUGGGCAAGAUCACCAAGAAUUUGGGGUUCGCCAUGGGCAUCGAGUUCCGCGAGGGCUCCCUGGUCAUCAACAGCAAAAACCAGCAGCGCCUCAAGAAGGGGAUGGUUUUCAGCAUCAACGUGGGGCUCUCGGAGCUGCCCAACAAGGAGGGGAAGCGGCCGGAGGAGCGGACGUAUGCGCUCUUCAUCGGCGACACCGUCAUGGUGGACGAGGACGGCCCGGCCGUGGUGCUGACGUCCGUCAAGAAGAAGGUGAAGAACGUCGGGAUUUUCCUCAAGAACGAGGAUGAGGACGAGGAGGAGCCGGACAAGGACGCGGCCGAGGAUCUCUUGGGCCGCAGCUCCCGCGCCGCCCUGCUGACCGAGCGCACGCGGAACGAGCUGACGGCCGAGGAGAAGCGCCGGGCGCACCAGAAGGAAUUGGCCACGCAGCUCAACGAGGACGCGCGGCGCCGCCUCACCGAGCAGAGGGGAGAGCAGCAGACGCAAAAGGCCCGCAAGUCGAACGUGUCGUACAAGAGCGCGGCGCUGCUGCCCAAGGAGCCGCACGUGCGCGAGAUGAAGAUCUACAUCGACAAGAAGUACGAGAGCGUCAUCAUGCCCGUGUUCGGCAUCGCCACGCCCUUCCACAUCGCCACCAUCAAGGGGUUCAGGUUCACGUCGGUGCGGGGGGACAAGGUCGACAUCCUGUACAACAACAUCAAACACGCCGUGUUCCAGCCCUGUGAUGGGGAGAUGAUCAUCGUGCUGCACUUCCACCUCAAGAUGGAGAGGGAGAUGCGGCACAAGCUGAAAUCGGCCUUCAGGAAUUUCAUCGAGAAGGUCGAGGCGCUCACCAAGGAGGAGCUCGAGUUCGAGGUGCCCUUCCGGGAGCUGGGGUGA